GUCCCUUAGCUGGUGCUGAUCGAGCCUCCAACAAGGAGCGCACGGCUACCAUAAAAGAAGAUAUUUUGCUUUUUGGCAGCAGAAGAGUGUGCAGCGCCCACUCAUACGCAUCAGUAGGAGAAAAAACUAGGCAGAAAUGUCUUUUCCUAUUUUCUAUCCACAUCCAUAAAUCACACAAGAUAACAGAGACACGUGUGAACAGUUGGGACUGAUUAUUCAAAGGCUGUUUGUACAUUAAAUACGGUUAUCCAGGACAUUGAUUCAGCUAAUGCGAUAACCUUAAGUUUUACUGUUGUGGGGAAAGAAAACUCUUUGGUGACAAGGAAAUGGGCAACUUAGGAUGUGCUGACUUACGGCGAUGAAGUCCGGACAGUUGUGGAUUUAACAGAAGAUCAUUGCCAGAAUAGGUUGAAUCUUAUGGCUUGAAGGUUCCAUCCCAAGCCUCAGCCCUUCACCGGUCAUGGAUUUUGUCACAGAGUACAACUACAAUGAGAGCUACAAUGCCAACAGCAGCGAGGGCCUCAGCAACAGUACCGCCUGCGAACGGAAGCACCCCUACAACUACUACGCCAUGCUGCUCACACUCCUCAUCUUCGUCAUCGUCUUCGGCAAUGUGCUGGUGUGCAUGGCGGUCUCCAGGGAAAAGGCCCUGCAGACCACCACCAACUACCUGAUCGUCAGCCUGGCCGUGGCCGACCUGCUGGUGGCCACGCUGGUCAUGCCCUGGGUGGUCUAUCUGGAGGUGGUUGGAGAGUGGCGAUUCAGCAAGAUACACUGCGACAUCUUCGUCACCCUGGACGUGAUGAUGUGCACGGCGAGCAUCCUCAACCUCUGCGCCAUCAGCAUCGACAGGUACACGGCCGUCGCCAUGCCGAUAUUGUACAACACGCGGUACAGCUCCAAGAGGCGAGUCACGGUGAUGAUCUCCGUGGUUUGGGUCCUGUCUUUCGCGAUAUCCUGCCCCCUAUUGUUCGGCCUGAACAACACAGCCACUCGUGACGAGGCCCAGUGCGUGAUCGCCAAUCCCGCCUUUGUGGUCUACUCCUCCAUCGUCUCCUUCUACGUGCCCUUCAUCAUCACUCUGCUGGUCUAUGUGCAGAUCUAUGUGGUGCUACGCAAGCGACGCAAGCGCGUCAACACCAAGCGCAGUUGCCAUGUGACCGACGAGGAAAACGCCGGAAAGGAGAAGUGCACCCACCCAGAAGAUGUAAAGCUCUGUACUGUGAUUGUGAAGUCCAACGGGGCCCUUUCCCUGAAAAACAAGAAAGUGAUCCUGAUACAGGAGGCUGCCCAGCCGGUCGCUGACAUGGAGAUGGACAUGAUGACGAGCUCCAGCCCCAUGGAAAAGAAGAGGACUGUGCCCGCGCCCGCCGCCCAGCAACUCUGCAUGCCCGCCGCCCCCAACCAGCGGCAGGGCUCGGCGCCCCCCUCCCCGGCCGAGAUCCGGCUCGAGGGCGAGAGGAACGGCCACACCAAGGAUGCCCUCGUCCCCAAGGCCACGAAAGCCUUCGAGACAGAAGCGCUGCCUGGCGGGAAAACUCGCAGCACGGUGAAGUCCCUUAGCAAGAGGAAGAUCUCGCAGCAAAAAGAGAAGAAGGCCACACAGAUGUUAGCCAUCGUCUUAGGUGUGUUUAUUAUAUGCUGGCUGCCCUUUUUUAUCACGCACAUUUUAAACACCCACUGCACACACUGCCGGGUCCCGGCGGAAAUGUACAACGCUUUCACAUGGCUGGGCUACGUGAACAGCGCCGUGAACCCCAUUAUUUACACCACCUUCAACAUUGAGUUCAGGAAGGCCUUCAUCAAGAUACUGCACUGUUAAGAAAUGCAGCGCGUGAUGCGGGGCUGGACGAAGGCCAGAACUGGCCACCAUCCACAUCGCUUACAUUGCGGCCUCAGAUGGAAGAUGAUGUUGGUGCGAGUCAUUAGGCGACUGAGUCACGGCGCACAGUCAUCGCAAAUUAAAUGGAUAUAAACUUUGAACCUGCGCUCUGUAUAUCACUGUUGAUUGAAAACAGUCCGGGACACUGAUGUGUCAGAGAAUGGUGACACCCUGCAAUGGGACUGUUAGACAGGCUCUGGGGGGGGUUUCCAUCUCAGGGGCCAUCGAGUCCCUCGCUGGCAUGAUGAUGUCACAAGACGAAAGGUCUGAAAAGCACAACUGCCACAGUCUUGAGUCUUGAGGAUGCAGAAUUGGUGAUCGCAGUGGUUCUGGUUGGAUGGGUUUCUGGGGCUGUUUUCAAGAUUGUCAGUUUAAGUUCAUUAUUACAUACAGUAUUAAAAAAAUCUAUAUAUUUUGGUGAGAAAUAGAUAGAAAGAGCACAAAAAGAUGGGCACAUAUGCUGGGAAUACCCACAAGGCACUGCUUCAGCUGAAUCAAUUGUUCAUCUUCACUAAGACUUGCAAUCAUAAUAAACAUAUUAAAAGUCACCUCAAGCAUGUAACACGGGUUUGUGUGAGGUCAUCUUUCACAACGGCUCUCGUGUCACUCUGCACGAUGACGAAAUUGUUUGAAAUGUGUAAAUAUGGAAAGUAAAAAAACAAUUGAAGCCCAUGACAAAAAUUUUUAAAUGCAUGUUUUACUGGUAAUUCCAAGGAAUUCUCAGCAAUUUGUGUGUGAUAUAUUUCUGUUGCUUGUUUUAGUAAAAUGAAUACACACAAAAUGAUUAUGAAUGGUGUGGGAGAGAAUGAAUCUACUGAAUCUUCUAUUACCAUAUAUUGAUUCAAGUUAUAAAAUGAUGUUUUGAUGAUGUUUGUCCAUCAUAUUCAAAUGAACAUGCUUCACGCUUUUUAUUAAAGGCGCCGUGAACGGUAUAAAAAUGACAAGACCAAGGUUGCUUUGUUAUGCAAGAAAAAAAGAAGCAUGCAGAAAAGGGCAAGUAAUCGAAUCAGAUUCUGCGAUGAUGCUAAUCGGGGCUGGAAAGGAGUUGAUUUCACGGCUGAAAGAUUGAUUGAGGGUGCAGUUCAGGCUUUUGGCCUGAAUCCUACCAGGGUGCACUGUGGCUCACUGUGGUGCACUGGAACACAGGUUGCCAGUGUGCAGCACUAACCUUGACAACCACUCACACUGAGUACCAGGGACCCAGUCUGCAGACCUUAACACACUAAAAUGCCACAAACCACAGAUAUGCAGGAUUUGCGUGAUCUUGGGGUUCCUCAGAAAUGCAGGUUUCGUGGUUGCAGUGCAGGACGUGACAUUAGGGACACUGUUGCAGCACCGGAAAACAAACAAAGGCAAAAGGACUAACACGAAAGAUCUAGCUGUUCCGACUCAAAAGAAUGUAACAUGCACAACUGUAUAAUUAACAGUACUGUACUAAGAGGAUUUCUGUUCAUCCUGCAUAUUCCAUUCUCAUUUUAGUGUACAUUUCAAAUAGACAGUGAUGGGGUGGGGGGUUGUAUCUGGGGAUGAAGCACAUUCUAGCAUACACAAGGCUUUCAUGAAAAAGCCUUCCAUCAUUUCCCACUGCCUCCAGCAUUUACCACUGGUGAAGGGGAUUUAGUCGCUGCGAGUUUCUUGAUGGGAAAAGAAAAGCGGCACAUUUAGUGCGAAUCUGGAUGAGAAGUGAUCAUAAUCUAGUCCUCAAACCCACCCACCCCACACCCCGCAAAAAGAUAUACACUGUUCUCACUUUAACUGAAAUUUAACUAAAAAUUGAGAAAUUAGUCUAACUAGUGUUCAUUCUGUGUGAAAGACUUGUUCAUUUGAUAAUGCAGUGUGCCUAAAAUGAUAAUUCAAGUAUUGAAUGCCGACUUUGAGAUGUACAGAAAUUGAAUUUCAUAUCUGCCUUUUCCUGAUUGGUUGAUUGAUUACAUUAUGCUGAUGCUUGGUGAGUGAUUGGUUGAUUGAUUGGAUUGAUUGACUGACUGACUGACUGGUUAGUUGUUUGGUUGGUUUCAUGACUUCGGGACCAAAAAAAGUUUGAGGCCAAAAAUAAUCUGAGUCACACGUUGCAAGAUUUUAAGAUACGUGGUUCAUCUUGCUGGAAACAGAAAAUAAAACUGACCAGACAGAAAUAGCCUGUUUGGUCUGUUGGUACAACCAUAUUUUUAUUUAUGCUUAACCUCAAGGUUUUAAUUGUAUCAAAACCAUAUGUUUCUUCUUAUAUAUAAAUAAUAUGCUUGUUUUGUGAAGAUAUCUGUAGCUACGUAAAUGUACAGUGGACAAGGGAAAUACACAUUCAAUUGAAAAUAAUAUGAUGCCAUUAUGUUUCAGGCUGCAUUGCUGUCAAUGUUUCUGACAUCACUCAUUUGUUUGUGUAUAGUGCUUUGUGUGGUCUGACCACUUCAAGUAAAGAUUUCUAUUUCCAAUAUUGUAAGUGAAUGUACUUCACUGAUAU